CUUGGCAAUCGUCUGUCAAUCGAUCCAAGUUGUGGCCAAGUUGUGGCCUUAUACAUCGCUGUGCCGCCUCAGGUGAAUACUGGUCACUGAUCGUAGUAGUAUUGUGGCUUGUGACCGUGUUACCCGCCGACUUGAACCAAGCUUCAAGCUCAAAGAAUGGCAGGAGCUGAGACCAGUGACGCGAACUUGAAUGUUGUUUCAGUCAAUGCCCAGCAUAGCUCAACGAUCGUAACCCAGACUCAGCAGGCGGGACAGGUCUAUGAACUGGAUACGCAACCCGCGAGCACCCCCAUCGAUGCCGGACAGACGUUCUACAGUGCACGCUUGCCCUAUGAACUCUGUCAAAUCAUCAUGGAUUGCGUGGCCCUGCCUCUCACCGACGAUAUCACCAGCCAUCACCGUGCCCAGCUUUUGGAGUCGGUUCGCAGUCUAGUGGCAUGUACGCGGACGUGCCACGCGUGGAACUCGUACGGCCAGCGACUCUUAUUCAGAACUGUCCUGCUUGACAAUCGCCCAGGCAUCUACGGACUAUCCAAAGCCCUCUACCUGAACCCUGGGCUGGCCGCGUUGAUCGAUGGUGUGGUCCUUGUGUCUGAGAAAGUUCCGAUCAACACUCUGCUACCCGUCUUCGCCAUGGUGUUCGUACGAAGGCUCACUGCGUUGCGACGGCUUUGUCUCGUGGACAUCAAGUUCGGACUUGGUCAUCGCUGCUCGAUAUCUCUCACUUCACUAGGUCUUUGGACUCUACGGGAGUUCACAUCGGUGACGACCCUGACUUUGUUCCACACGGUGUUCCGCUCUCCGCGCGAACUUGCCCGUAUUCUAACAUCCCUCUACAACGUCACAACGCUACACUGCCGGGCAGUGUAUUUCGCGUCUGCGGGCCAAGCAAGAUAUUUCGUCGAUCAUCCUCCACUCAGAACGACGACCUUGGCCUUGCAUACUGGCCUACCGCUGCAGGCGGUACCACACCCCUUUCAAGCUGCGCUAGAAGAAGCAGUCUCAAUGGUCACCCUUGAAGACGAAACAGCAGAGUUUAGCUGUUCGGUGGACUUGCCGCGGGGUGCAAUAUCAGACGACCCUGCUGCAGCUUGUCCGAUCUUGCGCAGGAGUGGCGCCGCGUUGCGCCGAUUGACCCUCGAACUCAUGGCACUGGAAGCUGGUGAGCGAGUCCGCCACAACCAAAAACUUGUGCGAUAUUACUCGCUAUCCUGCAACACAAACCUCGAGGAUUGCUGCCGGCUCUGACUUGAGAUGGUUGACUGAGCUCUGCUCCACCAUGUCUUGUCCGUCGUCGCUCCGAUCCUUACGGUUGGUGAUCUCUGUCGGGAUGAGCGUACAUGCCCGGAGGAAAGGCAACGUAUGGCCUGCGUA